AUGGAAGGCUCUGAGCCCGACUUCCUUCUUAAGAUCGUUCUUAUCGGUGACUCUGGUGUCGGUAAGACAAACCUUCUUUCUAGAUUUGCCCGUGACCAAUUCAACCCAGAUUCUAAAUCCACAAUCGGUGUCGAAUUUGCAACAAAAACUCUCGAAAUCGAAGGUAAGACAGUUAAAGCACAGAUUUGGGAUACAGCCGGCCAAGAACGUUACCGCGCUAUCACAUCUGCUUACUAUCGUGGUGCUAUUGGCGCUCUUCUUCUUUACGAUAUCACUGCUUCCCUUACCUUCAAUUCCCUUAGCCGCUGGCUUCAGGAGCUCCGCGAAAACGCCGAUAGCAAUAUCGUCGUUAUGCUUGUUGGCAAUAAGAGUGAUCUUCAAGAACUUCGUGCUGUCUCAACAGAAGAUGGCACAGGUUUCUCCCAGCAAGAGAACCUUCUCUUCAUCGAAACAUCUGCUCGUAACGCAACCAACGUUCAAGAGGCCUUCACAACUUUGAUCACAGAGAUUGUCCAUCGUCUUUCCAAGCAGAAUAUUGUUAGCCCAGACUCACCAGCAAAGGUUGGACCAAACAAAGGUGUUACAAUCACAUCCACAACAGCUGAUGAUAAGAAGAAGAAGAAUACUUGCUGCUAA